AUUUAGAACUGAUUUCAUGGGUAUUAUCAUCACAAUCCCUCACUAAAUCCAUUCAACCUUUCGAUUCUGAUUUCAAUUUUGUGAAUGGAGCCAAACCCUACUAUCACCAUCUUGGCUGGGUUUAUAUACGUAGCUUUCUUCUGUUUGGAUCGUUCCGAAUCCAAGUUCCGCCGCCUCUGUUUUGUUUCGAUGGAGCGUCAAAGGAGACUUUUUACGGUGACUGGCGUUCUGCUGUUUACACAAGGAGGGACCCUUCAACCCAUCACGCAAUGUCGAGAACAUUGCUAGAAUCAUCUAUUGCUGCUAAAACACAUGAACAAUGGAUGAAAGAUUUCGGACGCACUUAUGCAGAUGAUGUUGAGAAGGAGAAACGGUUUAAGAUUUUUGCAAAGAAUUUGGAGUACAUCGAGAAUUUCAACCGUGCUGGAAAUGAAACUUAUGAGUUGGGUCUGAAUCAAUUUUUGGAUUUAACUAAGAAAGAAUUCACUUCUAAAUAUACUUGUGCCAAUCUUAAAGGCAAACUAGAGUCAUCAAUGGUGGCAUCAGUUGCAGCUCUAUUUAAUGUGAGUAAAAUUUCAACUAACAAUUCACUAAAAGGGAAGAGAAAACCAAUUCCAGAAAGCAUAGAUUGGAGAGAGGGCGGAGCUGUCACUAGUGUCAAGAGGCAAGGAGCAUGUGCAAGUUGUUGGGCAUUUGCGACAUUGGCAGCGGUAGAAGGAAUUGUGCAAAUCAAAAACAGGGAAUUGGUGUCGCUAUCUGCGCAAUAAUUGGUGGACUGUGACAAAGGGAACAAAGGGUGUAGAUCUGGUAUCGUAAAAUUUGCUUACGAUUAUAUCAAGAAAAAUGAAAUAGCAUCAGAAGCCGAUUAUCCGUACACAGAAAAAGAAGGCAAGUGCCUUAGCAGCGAAAAAAACGUGCUGUGAAAAUCGACGGAUAUGAAAAAGUACGGUCUGGUGAAGAGAACCUACUAGAAGUUGUUGCUCAACAACCAGUCACAGUUUUAAUCGCUACCAAUGAGAACUUUGUUAAUUAUAAAGGAGGAAUAUUUGGUAGCGGACCAUGUGGACCGAUAGAGUCACUUCAACUAACGCAUGCGGUUACUGUAAUUGGAUUCACAAAUGAGUAUUGGUUGAUUAAGAAUUCUUAUGGAGAGAGUUGGGGUGAGAAGGGUUACAUGAAAUUGAAGAGAAAAGGUGAUUCUCAUCAUACUGUUUGUGGUCUUUCCAUGACAGCUUCUAUUUAUCCAACUAUUAGUGAUGUUAAAUGAACACAUGUAAUAUUAAUAAACCUGAAAUUGUUACAGGAAAAUUAAUAAAAUCAGUAAGUGAUCUUAUUGAAUGUCAAUUUAUGUUACCUUAAAAUGUCAUUGAGUGUAUGCAAUCCUGGA